AUGGGUAGUGAUGCUCGUGCCAGCGCAUUCCCUCCACAACUACCUCGCGAUCCCCCAUCACCAGUUCACCGGAACAAUCAUCCUCCCAUAUUGCCAUCUUCACACCGGUCAUCCUUCCCCAGAGCACCCCACGCCCGUCCAGUCACGCCCUCCGUCUUGACGCUCCCGACCUUCAUCAUUCCUUCCCCACAGUCUUCUCGUCGUCCGGCGAAUAUACCAUUGCGGACCCUCUCAUCCCAACCCUCCAACUCCCAGUCACAUUCCGCUGCACUGCUGGGGUCGCACGCGGACGGAAAGGAGGGCCGGCGGUCUUCACUCUCGCGGUCGUCGUCUGACGAUUCCGAGUUCUCGUGGAGUGAUACCGGCGAUCUCGCAGAGCAGCUCGCCGACGAGGAGGACCCGCUCCAGAUCAAGCUACGGGAAUCCCUGGACGAGGAGGUCUUCGGUAGGGCUUCGAGACGGCCCCUACGGCAUAAGAAGGUCCGUUAUCAAGAGGCAUUUGAUAGCAGCGAGGAGAAAGGAGUUCAAUCUGGAAUCGUUAAGGAGGAAAUCCACAUUCCCAGUCCGGGCCCGCGGUAUAUCAGUAGAGCUGAGCAUAUCAUAGCCGCCAUCAUGUCGGGAGGAGAGCGGCAGAUGCAUGGCCUAACGGGCAAGCCAUUGGUGUACUUCACCAGUGUAUUUGUAUCUUUGGGAGUUUUUCUUUUCGGCUAUGAUCAGGGAGUCAUGUCUGGAAUUAUCACGGGUAUUUACUUCAAAGAUUACUUUAAUCAGCCAACCAAAGCCGAGGUUGGCAACAUGGUCGCCAUUCUCGAAAUCGGGGCCUUCUUUUCGUCCCUCGUCGUGGGUAGAGUUGGAGACAUAAUAGGACGACGAAAAACAAUCCUUUAUGGCUCGUGUAUAUUCUUCGUUGGAGGAGCUCUUCAGGCCUUUGCCACGGGAAUGCCUAUGAUACUGUUAGGCCGAAUUAUUGCUGGUGUUGGUGUUGGCAUGCUGUCAACCAUCGUGCCCAUAUACCAGUCUGAAAUAUCCCCUCCCCAUAACCGGGGUAGGCUAGCCUGUAUCGAAUUUUCCGGGAACAUCACUGGUUACGCAACGUCCGUAUGGGUCGACUAUUUCUGCAGUUUCAUAGAAAGCGAUUAUUCAUGGAGAAUCCCUCUGGUGAUGCAGUGCGUAAUGGGUGCUCUCCUUGGCGUUGGCAGCCUGAUCAUCGUGGAAUCUCCAAGGUGGCUUUUGGACAAUGAUCAUGAUGAAGAAGGAAUGGUCGUCAUCGCAAAUCUUUAUGGAGCUGGAGACAUCCACAACCCCAAGGCUAGGGAAGAAUACCGCGAGAUCAAGAUGGAUGUCUUGCUCCAACGCCAGGAAGGAGAGAAGUCCUAUAGGGACAUGUUCCAACGAUAUAGAAAACGUGUGUUCAUCGCCAUGUCCGCCCAGGCUUUUGCCCAGCUGAACGGUAUCAACGUUAUCUCGUACUAUGCGCCUUACGUCUUUGAAUCUGCUGGCUGGGAAGGCCGCGAUGCCAUUUUGAUGACUGGAAUUAAUGCCCUCAGCUAUCUCGCGUCGUCAGUACCGCCUUGGUAUCUAGUCGAUCGAUGGGGCCGCCGCUAUGUUCUUCUGACCGGUGCAGUCGCCAUGGUCAUCGCGUUAGCUGCAAUUUCGUACUUCCUGUUCUUAGAUUUGACUGCUACGCCAACGCUCGUGGUUAUUUUUGUCAUGAUUUAUAACGCUGCAUUUGGUUACAGUUGGGGUCCGAUCCCAUGGUUGUAUCCCCCCGAGAUCUUGCCUCUCAGCAUCCGCUCCAAAGGUGCAAGCUUGUCCACCGCUACCAAUUGGGCAUUCAAUUGGCUAGUCGGAGUACUCACGCCAGUUCUCCAAGAAUGGAUCUCGUGGAGGCUGUACCUCAUCCAUGCAUUUUUCUGUGCUACAAGUUUCGUUGUUGUAUAUUUUGUAUACCCCGAGACUGCAGGUGUCAGAUUAGAGGAUAUGGAUGUCUUAUUCGGCGAUGCUACAACCGCGAUGCCCACGCCAGCAUCAAGGGCCGAAACCGGUUCGUUGCUUCCUGUAAGCUCGCCGAUCCCCUCAAUGGAUUUACGAAGAGGCGGUGGAACGGGGACGAACGGACUAGGCUCCUCAAGCGCCAUUCCAGGACUAGAUAUUGAUCCUCCUCACGUCUUCAUCAAAAACGGCAAACCUCAAUACGGCACACCACCUGUGGCCGAGGAUUCGACCGAGGGCAGGGGAGGCUGGAUAUCCCGUAUGGUCAAUCGCAGCAAAGGAGACGGAGAGAGCAUCAAUAGUGCAAAGUAUAAGUCUUUAGACCAAGAUGAGGAAGAGUGA